AUGUCAAGUCCUUUCUUUGUAUCACAGCCCGAGUCUCCAGUGAAUUAUGUCCAAACUGUCUUCGACGCAUUGCCUAAAGAUAACAACUGUGUUAAUGAAUUGAACUAUAUCAUUCACUUUUUUCAAAGCGCAGUGUCGCAACAAGACAUGACGAUGUUCUAUGCGAACAAGAGAUCACUGAAAACGGGGAAACAUCAAUUGCACUUUUUCUUCCAACCGUUGAAAAUGAAAAUGGAAGGCGAGAAAUUCCGGUCGACAUUCAAUGAGAACUUUAAAUUGGUCUCUGUUGCUUGGACGAAGGAUCGAGAUAACAUCAUCUAUGUCUUACGCUUUGAUAAACGCUUUGCUUUGUUCUGUAGUGGAACCAAAAGUGUGUAUGAGGCCUUUGAAAUUGAUUUGAGAGACCCACUGAUCACUGACCACAUCAAAAUUGUGUAUGGCGGGGAUGACCAAAACAAUGUGUUUUAUAUCUACUCGGUGAACUGGAUGAAAAUGCUCACAAUGAACAAGAGAGAUCCUCAUAGAUAUAAAGUCGUCACAUUCAACUCGAAACCAGAAAGUCAUGUUGUUGAUCUCUCCAUAUUCAGCAAUUCGCUGUAUGUCUUCUCGACUUCGAUGACACUCCGAUUCACCGUUGGCGCCACAAAUGGCCCUAGUCGACCACUUAAUAUAAAAAGUGAGUAUUUUGGGCAUUUUCUUGCUGUGAUGGAACAAUACAACUCGUCGCAAAAUGUCAAAUGUCUCAGCUCUGAACUGGAGAACGCGUGUUUUCUUGGAAUCGAGAAAUUUGGAUUUCCACUCUCCGUCCCGAAAGAAAAGGGGAACUGGAAUCGAAUCGCAAUGGGUCCCGUGAUGAUGGAAAAAGUUAUUAACAGUUACUUGUAUUUGAUGUGCUUGAGUAGAGACUACUGCGUGUUACUUCGGUUCUACGAAGACCGAGCCGAGUGUUUGUUUGAGCAAAAAAGUGAAGGGAGUUUCAUGAAUGUAUAUUAUGGGUUUGGGAUGUUUUAUAUAAUUAAAGCGGAAGAGGUUAUCGUGUAUAAUACAGUGAAUAACCAAACAUUCACACUCAUUACUAAAACAGACGAAUUGCAAAUGCUGACAAGUAUUACUGAUAUUAAACAAGGUAAUGGUAAGAUGGGGAUAUUAACUAUCGACACGAAGGAUGUCGAGUUGAGAAUGGUCAAAAUAGGAAUUGAUGGGUUUGUCCAGAGAAUAUCACCGAUGAUCGACUUGACCUUUUUAACACGGGGGUUCUAUCCGGAAGGUCUUUUGAAGAACAUGAGGUUGUUACAUAUCGACUUUUCGGUAAUAACUAAAGAAAGUGUGAUGCUCAAUAUACUCACGGAUAUCGGGAGAAGACUGUUGUUAGAUGACAAUCCGUUGCUAGAGACGUUGGUGACCAAAACCGUUAUAGACCUUGAUUUGAAGCCAAUACCAUUUCCUACUGACCUUGAAAAAUAUUCGAAGAGCGAUUUUAUGAAUGUGUUUCCGUACAUGAAAAGUGUUGUUGGACCAAAUGGAGUCGGUAAAGAAGAAUGGAAAACACGAGCUGUUUUAGUGUUACAAGCACUAUUAAAAGCAAAAGGUGACAAAUUACGGACGCUCGCAGAAAGCUAUUUGAAUGUUGUUGAAACGAUUCUCUCGAAGAUCCAAGACGAGUUUACGAAGAGAAUAGAAGGGAUGACACAACAACAGAAAUUAUUCGAGACGGUGAUUUUCAAUGGUGCAAUGAAUGGCGUCAUGAAAGAAAUUGGUCUCGAAAAAGAAGACGGAUACUGCGAUAUCAAUGUCCAAUUUUUCGAGAAAUAUCCAUUUGAUAUUAUCAUCCAAUUUGUCAACGUCGGCAUUCUCGAGUUUUCGAUGAUGGAGGCAAGCACCUUAUUAAACCGAUUCAACAAAGAAAGUGAAAUCCACAAGGACGCAAAUUGGAAAAGACGAGAACGCAAGUUUUUGGGAGAGAGGCUUGGAGGCGCUGGUGCGCAGUCGACUCUUGUUGCUCUUGGUAUUAACGAAGGCGUCAGGAAAGUGACAUACAAUGGUGUUGGUGAUCGCCAUUUUUUGGUGACAGAAAGUAACCCUGACAUUCUAUUGAUCCGAAAAGAAGUCGAAGAAGAAAAACAAAAAGGAAGAGCUAAUGAUACAAAUUUCAUGUCAAAAUCACUUGUCCCGAAAUUUUUCAAACACAACGUCCAGCGUAUGUUUGAUUAA